CACACAAUAAAAGCACACAGCUCACAUAAGACACAAAAGAAACCCUAAAAAACUACUAUAAAAAUAAAAAAAGCACGAAAAAUAAAUAAAUAACACAGUUGAUAAAAAGAACAAACAAAAGUUCUGUCAACCACACUAUGGAGUACAUAAACCAUCCACAAUACGAUGAAAAAUUUCUUAAGGAACCGUCAAAAGUGGUAGAUGCUAUACAAUUUAUUGAUAUUAUGAUAAAUUCUAACAAAAUGGAAGACACUCGAGGUGACAAGAAAAAAGAGGUGAAGCCCGUUGUGGAUAUCAGCGAAGGCGUUACGGAUAAGAACUUUUUCAUCUCUCAACGUUUGCUAUCCGGACGUAUGUCGGCUAAGAGAUCGAAGGCAAGAAUGAAGUUCUCUACAAAUACCAAUCAAUUCACAUUUAUGCGGCAAGUCGACCAAAGUAAUGAGGAACGCGUUGAGGCGCGCCUUGAGCGUGAACGGAUAGCCAACAAUUUUCGUCGGCUAGGCAACUGGGCAUAUCGCCGAGAACAGUUCAGCACAGCCAUUGAUUUUUACAACAAGGGCUUGGAGAAUAUUUGCGAUACGCCCGUUCUAUAUAUAAAUCGCGCCUGUUGCUAUCUCAAACUACGCUCCUUCAAAAGCGCCAUUAUUGAUUGUGAUUAUGUAUUAAAUAAAUUGGAUCCAAAAUAUAUGCGCGCCUGGCUAUAUCGGGCUGCCGCCUUUAAGCGACUCAACGAUGAGAAAAAUUAUGAAGAAUGCGUUUACCAGGUGAAGCGUCUGAACUCAAAGGAAAUUCAGUUUAUCAAUAGCUUUUUGGAAAAGAUGCGCACCUUGUAAUCGCGCUUUUCGUGUUUAAAUUUUUAUUGUAAAUUACAUGUAUUACUAAGUUUUAGAAACCUAAAUUAUAGUUAAAAUACAUGCAUCACACCAGGUU